UCCCGCACCCACCUCCCCGGCCCGAGGCACACUGCAGCUCGGCGCCGACUCUCCGGCCACGGCGAGGUGGCUGCAAACUCUCGGGCACGCACGGCGCUCGGGGAUCCGGACUCGGGGGAGGGGACGCGCACGGAAGGCGCCAGCUUCCUCCCGCCCGCCCCUCGCAGCCGCGAGCCGAGGUCGGAGGAACCCGGAGCCCCAGACCGGCAGAGCUGAGCGGCGGCGGCGGCUUCCCUUUUCUCCCCCAGCGAGCCCUGAAGCGCCUCGGGGACCGGCCCUAAAAAGAGCAGGAAAUCUUGUUUACCGCCCGGGGAGCACAGCCGAUCGAGCCUUUGUCUGGAAAGUCAGCAUCUCUGGCUCCGUCUGCAAUGUGUGCCUGGUGACAUUAGCCUUGGGCAGCCCGGCCGGAAAAGGGGGGUCGCCAGGUUCAGAUCUGGUUUCAGAGGCGAAUCGAGCGGGUGACUUUUGUGCAUUCGUUUUAAUUUUUGGAAAUCUCUCUUUUUUUUCUUCCCUCGCCCGCUGCCGGGCAUGUCCUGAUCUGGCGCCCGCUACUACUGCCCCGGGCUGCCGAUCAGAGCGGUUUCCAGCGGUUCUCCCUCCCUCCCUGCCUGACUUUGCAACACCGCGUUCCAGGCGGAUCGACCUCGGCGAGGAAGGAGGCGGGGGAGCCGCGAACACCAGGACCCAAGCCUUGACAUGCUCUCGGGCGGAGAGGAGGAAGCCAGGACCUGAGCGCACCGCCGGGGCUGCUUCGCCGCCCGGCUCCGAGCACGGGGCUCCGGGCGCGUUGCCCUGCUCCUGGGCGGCAGCCUUGUUGGUCUGGGGGAGCCCCCCUCUUCCCGCCUCGGGGGUCCGCGGCCGGCAGGACCAUGCUGCUGAAGGAGUACCGGAUCUGCAUGCCGCUCACCGUAGCCGAGUACAAAAUCGGACAGCUCUACAUGAUCAGCAAGCACAGCCACGAACAGAGCGACCGAGGAGAAGGGGUGGAGGUCGUCCAGAACGAGCCCUUCGAGGACCCUCACCAUGGGAACGGGCAGUUCACGGAGAAACGCGUGUAUCUCAACAGCAAACUGCCUAGUUGGGCUAGAGCUGUUGUUCAGAUAUUUUAUGUUACAGAGAAGGCGUGGAACUAUUAUCCCUACACGAUUACAGAAUACACAUGUUCCUUUCUGCCAAAAUUCUCCAUUCAUAUAGAAACCAAGUAUGAGGACAACAAAGGAAGCAACAACAGCAUUUUUGACAAUGAAGCCAAAGAUCUGGAGAGGGAAGUCUGCUUUAUCGAUAUUGCCUGCGAUGAAAUUCCAGAACGUUACUACAAAGAAUCUGAGGAUCCUAAACACUUCAAGUCAGAGAAGACAGGACGGGGCCAGUUAAGGGAAGGCUGGAGAGAUAGUCAUCAGCCCAUCAUGUGUUCCUACAAGCUGGUGACUGUGAAGUUCGAGGUCUGGGGGCUUCAGACCAGAGUGGAACAAUUUGUACACAAGGUGGUCCGAGAUAUUCUUCUGAUUGGACAUAGACAGGCUUUUGCAUGGGUUGAUGAGUGGUAUGACAUGACAAUGGAUGAAGUCCGAGAAUUUGAACGAGCCACUCAGGAAGCCACCAACAAGAAAAUUGGCGUUUUCCCACCUGCCAUUUCUAUCUCCGGCAUUCCCCUGCUGCCUUCCUCAGUCCGCAGUGCCCCUUCCAGUGCCCCAUCCACUCCUCUCUCCACGGAUGCACCAGAAUUUCUGUCAGUUCCCAAAGAUCGGCCCCGGAAAAAGUCUGCCCCAGAAACUCUCACGCUUCCAGACCCUGAGAAAAAAGCCACCCUGAAUUUACCUGGCAUACACUCUUCAGAUAAGCCAUGUUGGCCCAAAUCAGAGUAACUUCCUAAGAAUAUUUCAUGGGGUUUUAUAUUUUCGGUUUGGGGUCUUGUUUUUUUUGUUGUUUUUUGUUUUGUUUUUUUUAAUACCCUGAUAUAGAAAAAGACUGCUUUGUCACUCAAACAUGUCCCUUUGAUCUCUUGAGUGUGCAUGUCGUUAAGUAAUUUCACCUAUGAUUCCUUAAGUAUGCCACACAGCGUCAUAUUAGAUGUAAAAUGUAAGACUUGCAAAGGACAGAAGGGAUCUUCUGUAGCCCACAGCUGGAUGCCAGGGAGGAAGCCUUGUUUAUUGGGCAUUUGAUGAGGUUGGCAUGGACUUCAAGAGUAAAUAAGUGAAAACUUUGCACCACUGUGUUACAAGGUGUAGUGAAAUAGUGAAGUCAGUUUCCUCCCGUCAAACCUGAAAUUCUCAAAAAUAUUCUCAGGCGUAACAUACCUAAUUGUUAAAUUUUGAACUGCUCCUUACCAAUACUUGAAUACCAGUAGUUACUGAGAUUCCUAUUUGGGUUAGUCUGACUCAGGAUUUGGGGCCUAAUUAACUCUUUAAAUUUUUUGGAAAUUUUAAUUAUCAACAUGUAGAGGCUCCAAGUGCAAUUAACAAUAACUUAUUUAUACCUUUCACAGAAUUUAAUAAAGAUUCCACUUGUUUCUGUCUUUUAAUAACUUUCCCCUUCGUGCCCUUGUGGCCUCAGAAAUCUUUAAGAAUUACGUGGAUGAAUGUGACCAUAACUGUCUGAUUGGGGAUGGUUUGGUUUAGGAACCAAGAGGCCCAGGUGAGGCAAACGUCUUUUUUUUCUACAGGUACCAACGAACCUUGACCUGUCACCUUCCGUCAUCCUUUAAGAUUCUCAGAAUUUGCAAUUAAUUGAGUAGAAUUCAUUGACUCUUUGCCCAUUCAAAGAAGUUCAAGGGUAGAGUAAGCUACCUGGACUUUAACGCUGUCAGAGUUGUCUCCCAUCCCCUUCCUCAUUUUACUCUUAAUAACAUCCAGACCUCCCUGGAACGGAUUGCCCAUCACUGGACCUUAGAAAAGAUUGUCAUUCUCUUGCUCCUUACUCGAAAUCCAAAUAUUGGGAAUGUCACAAAAGUCGAGUGAAUACAGUCAAGUGGGAGGAGAAAAUGAGCAGAAUGGCUGACUCCUAUCUGUAGAGUAAAAAGGAAAAGUGAUAAAAGAUGCCCCUCUGUCUAGCUUUCUUUUCUGAGAGUAUUGGUAAUGCAAGAUUAGACUCGAGGUUGACGGGAGACAAGAUCACUCACCAAAGUGGCAGAAAGAGAACUCUCCUUUGAUCUAAAGAGAAGACUCUGCCACCUUCGCACCUCACUGCCUUUAAACACAGAAGGAAGAGCAAACAGAAUCUAGCAUUUCCUUUUGUCCUCCAAGAGAGGAAGAGAGCAAGGUAAUUGGGCAACUCCAGGGCCCCAGCUAGCCUUCCUGACCAUAACCUCCAACCUCAGGAAAGGGACCUUCCCCAAACACAGAUUCCAAAGGAAACAACAUAGACCAAGGAGCGUAUCCUCCUCCUCUUACACAGCCUCUCAGCCAGUGGACCCUGCCUGCUUCUCUCUCUCAGAGCCCAGCACUCUGCCUAGUGUCCUUCCAGUUGACAAACUCUCCCAAGGUGCAGGUGCUGGUCCCACGAGCCCAGCACCAAGUGUUCUAAGUCAUAUGUCAGAUUGUCAAGAUCAUUUCUUUAUCUAUAGGUUGACAUUUAGCUUAAUAAAUAAAUAAACCCAGAACUCAAAGGGCACCCGUUGCAAAUAGCUUAGAUCAACAGUGCAUCUCUUCCCUAAGAAUGAUAGCACCAUAGUAAGACACCGCCUUUGCAUGGUAUGGUAGCAUGAUUUUUGCUUGUGGGAAAACUCAGUCUUUUAUCAAGACCUCUUGGACUUCUCAAUGGCUCUCUUUCGACACAGUAGCACUUAACAAGAAUGUUUCCCUUUGGAAGUAAAAUUCUCCUUUCAGAAGACACUGACAUAGUGUGUAUAUUUGCUUACCAUUUGCAAGCUGAAAUCAGGAUGGGGUGGGAUCGUGAUUUUUGCAUGGAAUGAACUUAUUUUGUGCGUGUUGUUCACACAUCUGGACCUAGUUUUUCUGUUGAUGCCAUUGCUAAUUUUCCAUUUUUGUAAAGUAGCUUCUGCUAUCAAGGUCAGCAAUUCUAUAUGCUUUAGAAAGCUAAUUUCUGGUUUCCUACUGUGAGUUUUCUUAUAGCCAGUACAAUACCACAGACAUUACUUGCAAAACUACCACUGAUAGUGUGAUUCUUAGCCAACAAGUAUGUGUGCUCUUAAAGUAUGUUCAGUUUUUCUGUCUACAUGUGGUUUGUGUGCAUUUUAACAGGGGGGGAGGGGUGCAGAUACUCCUUUAGCUGCUUUGAAUAUUUAAUCCAGUCAUCACAAGGCAUAAAUGACUUCAGUAUUUUAUUUGUCUUGAUUUUCAAGUGUCAUUUCACAGUCUCCAUACACGAAUUUGUUUAUUGUGGGGUACAAGCCUGCGAUGAAUGUGUAUAUAGAACAUUAUUAAUUCCUAUAAGGCUGGAAAUUAAAUGGCUGCAUGAUGGAAAUUUAGAAGAAAAAAAAAGCAGAAACUUGAAUUCAUUAAGCAUGUUUGGGGGAAGAAUAGAAUCUUAACUCAGUGCCUCUGUCUGCAAUGUGGAAACCUUCAACCUUGUUCACCAAAACUGUAUUAUACCUGUAUAUAUAUAAAUAUAGUGAAUCCGACACCACCAGUUUUAAGUCUCUGGUAGCCAAAUUAAAAUAAAUAAUCCACAGAAUAACACGUAUGUUCACCCGAUCUUUGUCUCUCAUGUUAAUGGAGACCAUCAAAAUGACCAUAAAUUUCAUUACUUUGGAUGGACUUCAAAUUACGAAAUGCCCUUGUGCUUUUCAUUGGCUAUAGUACAGCACUGUGGCUUUGCUGUGCUUUCCCAGGAUAAGAAGGCCUUGGUGUUUCUACCACAUAAACUUUGUCAGAAGUCAGCUCUGAAGACCAUUUCAUUUUCCUACUUUUGGGCUGGAAUAAGACAAAGCAAAGAAGAAGCAAAACAACAAAGGAGUCCGUGACAUUUUUGUUACUACGUGAUAACCAAAACAAUACGAGUUCACUGGUGAACGAAUUUAUAAACCCUUCUGUUUGGGUCUUGCACUUGUGUGAGGGAAAAUGGCUUUAAUUUAUUUGGAGGUAUUUAUUAGCCAUGUUUUUGGUUGUGAAAAUAAAUCUCUAAAUAGCACAAUUGUGUGUGUCUAAUGUAGACACUUAAAAAACACACACACAAAAAAAAACACAAAAAGACCCCCAAAAGUUAUUAUGUGGUUUUCUUCCAAGACACUGUAAUAAACAGUGACCUAAGAGAAUAGAUUCUGACACUUCUCAAGAAAUCAUUUUUCCAUGAAAAUUUCAAGGCUAAUGGAUUUAUGCGUAUUUUAAAAUUCUACUCGCCUUAGCAUCUUUUCAGUGGCUCAGAGACGACACAUCACUGGCUGGCAUAGGUCAACAACAAUUUUACUUUUCAGAAGGGCCAGAGAAUAAUUUACUCCAUGUGUAAUACGUACUCAGAUAAUCCAAUAGGGGAAGAUUGUUUAAAUAGUUUUAGGCCCUUUCUGAUCAUCUGAUUCAGUAGGCUGGGUGACGAUAUGCCAUCUAAGCCAUAAUUCUUGAAAUUAAAGAAAAAAAAACCAGUGACUGCACUUGAUCAUAAAUCAUAUAAUACUGUUCUUUCCUGCUGAAACCGAGUGUUACACAAGAGCGCAGCAAUGGCAUACGGAGGCAACAUAUACCAGAUUCUUCUGUGUUCUACCUUCAAAACAAUCUGUUUCAUUUGAAAUGUAAGUGUUUAAGCUUUUUAGGAGUUAGUGCAAUAAGAGAAUGUGAAUAUGUUGAGACCUUUCCAGAUGCUGUUAUUGUUAUUUUGUCGUUAAGUUAACAAAUGCUUUAGGAUAAGCCUCUCAAAUGUUUUUGCUUAAAAUCGAAAGCCUGUCUGUUGAAUUGCAAGUCUCCCUUCAGUUUCUGUGUGUCACCCAGGAGAGGUUCUUUGAGUUGAUGUUAUACCUGUGCCACUUGUAUAUAGCUUCAAGUGUAAUUUUUAGUGUUUACAUUUCGAGCUGAGAUCUUGAUUAAAUGAGUCAAUAUACCACUGCCACAGCUGAGGGACCAAGUUUUGGGAUGCACAGUGUUAUAGACAGCAAGCAAAGCAAACAAAAUUGAUCCUCACACACGCCAUCCUCCUGUGUCAUUUUAUGGCUGUUUUGUGUUUUUUUCCCAGUUAUUUAUUAUUGAUAAUAACUUACUUUUUCUUACAUUCUGUUGUAAAUAAAGUACAAAGCAAUCUUC